AUGGCGACGGGACAGCGUGAGCUCACGCAGAAGUUCAAGGUCCAGAAGUUCCUCGGGAAAGGCAGCUAUGGCAGCGUAUACCGGGUCAAGAGGAUCUCCGACGGCAAGGUCUACGCCCUCAAAGAGACCGACGUCAAGCACAUGAACCAAACGGAGCGCGCGGAAGCCGUCAACGAGAUCCGCCUCAUGGCCUCCGUGAUGCACCCGAACGUCGUGUCCUACCACGAGGCCUUCAUAGACGGCAACAAGCUGUGCAUCGUAAUGGAGUUCGCGCCCUACGGCGACCUCGCGCGCGCCAUCCGCAAGGGCCAGGCGAUGAAGAAGCCCUUCCCCGAGGACAUGAUCUGGUCCUUCUUCAUCCAGGCGUGCGAGGGCGUCUACGCGCUGCACCACGCCCGCAUCCUCCACCGCGACGUCAAGGCCGCCAACCUCCUCAUCACGGCCGCGGACGCCGUGAAGAUCGGCGACCUCGGCAUCGCGAAGUUCAUGAAGACCGGCAUGACGAAGACGCAGAUCGGCACGCCGCACUACAUGCCGCCCGAGGUCUGGAAGAACCGCGCGUACGGCUACUCGUCCGACGUGUGGGCGCUCGGGUGCCUGCUCUACGAGAUGGCCACCUUCACCGUGCCGUUCGAGGCCCGCUCGAUGUCCGAGCUGCGCUACAAGGUCAUGCGCGGGCGGUACACCCCCGUCCCGCGGCUGUACUCGGCGGACCUGUCGAACCUCGUGUCCGCGCUGCUCGACCCGUCGCCGGACGCGCGGCCGACGCUGGAGCAGAUCCUGAGCUCCGAGGCGGUGCAGCGGCGGCGGCACCUGCUCCCCGGGCACCUGCAGGAGGGCGGCCUCGCGCCCGCGAUGGUCGCGGAGAAGGGGGGACUAUUGGACACCAUCCAGGUUCCGCGCAACCUCAAGCUGCUCCAGAACCGGCUGCCGGCGCCGCAGUACCCGGACGAGGCGGAGGCGGGCGAGGGGAAGGCGGGCGGGGACGCGAACGGGGACGCGCAGACGUGGGCCGGGCCGCAGGAGCCCGCGCGGAUGCCGGCGGCGCACCAGGGGCCGCGCAGCGCAGUGUCGGACCCGCCGGUGCAGGCGCGCCCGAGCCCCGGCCGCGCGGGCUGGGACCGCUCGCCGGAGUCGGUGUCCUCGCGGCCCGAGGGCCGCCAGCCCGCGGCGUACGGGCGCGGGGCGGUGAUGAACACCCCCACGCCGCGCGCGGGGGGCGCGCUCGCGGCGGUGGACAACGCGCCGGGCUACGCGCACGGCGCGAUGCGGCCGUCGGAGUUCAACAAGCCCGGCGCGCGCCGCGUCGGCCCCGCCGCCGCCGCGGCGUCGCGCGUGGGGUCGCGCGCGGGCACCAACGCGUCGCAGGGCAGCUACAACACGCCGCGCGGCGGGAACGUGUCGAACCGCGGCAACGGCGGGAGCGCGUACUCGCGGAACUAUGGCCCCGCGCGGGGCGCGCAGCCCGGCCGUGCGGCGGGCAACGGUCACAUGGGAGGCGGCGGGCACCUGCCACGGAUCAGCGAGGCCGCGGCGGGGCUGCCGAGCAUCCCGUCGGCGCGCGGGGCCGCGGGCGCGCGCCGCCGGUACUACUGA